GGCACUGUGAUUUAUCCUCGAAAGACAUAUCUCCAGAAGCUGAAACUGUUCGAUAACGUGCAGCCAAUCCACCAUUUCUGGUCAAUGGUCUUACGCCCCCUACGUCUACUAUCUUAUCCCGUCAUCAUCUACUGUGGUUUCUCAUACGGAUGUUCACUUAUCUGGUAUUCUGUGCUCAACGGUACAGCAUCUGUUGUCUUGAGCUCCCCGCCAUAUAACUUCAGCGCAUCCUACGUCGGACUCACCUAUAUUUCCCCUAUGAUCGGUGUUGGCGUCGGCAGUCUGAUCGCUGGCAACUUUGGCGACGUUGUUGUCAUUUGGCUUGCUCGCCGUAACAAAGGAACAUGGCACUCGGAAUAUCGGCAGUGGCUGAACCUCAUUAUGGUCGUCCUUCUCCCUGGCUCUCUUCUCCUCUGGGGCCUCGGGGCAGAACAUGGAAUCCACUGGUUUGGUUUGGUCUUCGCUAUGGGACUCAUCGGGUGUUGUAUUGCUAUGGGGGCACAUCUUUCGCUCUCUUACUGCAUUGACACCUACACGGAUUUCGGCGCCGACGCCGUGGUUGCUACGAUGUGUAUCAGGAACACUAUGGGCUUCGCGAUAGGUUAUGGCAUCACACCGUGGACCGAGAACUUGGGAUACCAGAACGCCUUCCUGGUCGCAGCAGCUGCCGGUCUUCUUCAGGUCCUCACAUUCCUGAUAAUGGUGAAGUGGGGUCCUCAGAUCCGGGAGCGCUCAACUGACCGUUACCGCCGUGACGUGGACAGGGCGACAGAGUUAGAGAUUACUCAUUGA